AUGGCUACCGACAAGACGAUGUCGUCACUUCCAAAGCCCUCUGCCCCUAUUGCCAUCCCGACCGGCCGAAACCGCGCCCGUACUGUCGACCACCUCCUUCGACAUCAUCCUCCCUCCCAUUCCCCAAUCCUUCUCCGAUCUCCGGGCCCUCAAAGCCACGCCGAUGCCGUCCCUCCCGAUCCUCGCAAGACCACCAACCCGAAAGACCCUCUUCGCUACGUCGACUCUCUGAAACUACAAGUCAUCCGCAACAAGCGCGGCGAAACUCUCGGCCUCAAAGUCGUCGACAUUAACUCCGUCAAACCUGAACGAGCAAACGUUUGUGCUCAUCUUCCUAUUGGCAAAGAAAACGCUGGUCUUGUGUUUGAUGUCGAGAGUGCCGAGGCGAUGAAGGAGUUGUACUCCAAGGCGUCAUUGACGAUGGCCUCGGACAGGAUCAUGGGGAUUCUUUUUGCGCCGCCGCGGCCUGAUGCUGGUGGCAUUGCCAGGGAUGCGGAUUGGUCUUUUUUGGAUGAUGAUGUUGGAGGGGGAGAUGCGAAGGAUGAGAAUGAGGAUAGGGAUCGGGAUCAGCUAGGUGCUGAUUUUCAGAUUCCUUUGCUGUUGGGGGGUCUUGAUCUUGAUGAUUGA